AUGGAGAACGAUGUCCGCCCGGGUGCAUCCGAAGAUGUCCCGGCUUGUGCAGAUCACGUCGCUCAACUGCAAGAACAUCAGCGCAUUCAGAAUCAACCAGGCAGAGUUGCUACUCCUCCGCGAGUUCCUCCCAAUGCACCGGUGGAGUCGGACGGACACAAAGAGUCCGCACCGGGCACCGGUCGAACCCGUGCGGAUAUGUUCCCCGGAUCUACAAACGCGUUAUUUUUAGACGUGGGUGCUUUGGCUCCACGCAACGCCUAUUGUGCGUUGUGUGACACGCACGAAUAUUUGCACCGUGUUGACCUACCAGCUUACCUGAUCUCACCGUGCUAUCACUGCCGGGAGUGGCUCGCACGGGAAGCAAAGAUCUCGCCUGAAAUACUGCUGGAUUUGCAUUUACGGCAUAGCAUCCCGUGGCCGGCGUUCCUUCAGGCCAGAUUCAACCUUCCUCCGGACGGUCGUUCCAUCGAGGAGCUCAUAUCCUACGAUUGUCGUUGGCGCAGUCGACAACCUUGCCGAUGCCUCGUGUCAUCUGGAGGCCCCCUUCUACCUCCUUGUGUUGAAUUUCCUUGGUUGUGUCCACCGGCUUCUACAGCUGCAUGGGACCUCGGAACUGGUGCACCGGGGACACAAUCCUCACAACCGCCGACAAGCGCCACGCUUGCACCUACUGAAUCUAAUACAACUGACCCGGUGUCCCCUACAACCCAGCCAGAAACUCCGGCUGCACCGUCUAACGAGGCCACGUCUCAUGCGCCCCCUGGAGAAAUCAAAUUGUCCAGUAAUCACGAGAAUAAGCCUAUACUAGGACCUGUAGGCUGUCAAACAUCGGAGACCACUAUUGCAGCUUCGGCAGCAGGUUCUGGGUCCAGUUCCUCGCGUCACACAUUGCCAUGUGCCCAUCGUCAUCCGCGUGGUGCGCCCACAACUUGUUGUCACGGUAUUCAGUUCCCAUUGAUCGGUGUGGCGGGCGGUAGCCAUUGCCACCAAAAUCAACCUGCACAUCAUUCCCCACCAGCCUCUCAGCCAGAGAUGUGUCCGGCGACGGCCGCAACCACGGGGCACGGAGCGCCCGUUACUGGUUCCGUCAGUGGAUCACAGACCGGCCCGUUGGUAACGAACGGUAUUGCCUAG